CUUCCUGUCAAGUCCUAGGGCCCGCAACCGCCAAAAAGGACCGAACAUAGUCAGACAUGGAUGUGACAGAGAAAGCGAAAACAGGUAUCCGCAGGUUUGUGUGUGAUCAACUGCGUGAUGAGCCAGACCUCAGCACACUAACCUUAAGAAUAUUGAAAAAGCGAUACCUGGAACGUGCGCAAUGUGACUCAUUAAGUCCAGAGGUCAAACUUUUCAUAAAGCGGGUGGUUGAAGAGGAACUAAUCAAAAUGCAGGAAAAUGAUGAAAACGAUAGUGAGCUGGAAACCAAGAAGUCCCAAAACAAAAGGAAGAGAGAUGCUGAAAAUGAUGAGGUGUUGAGUGGGGGGGAAGACGAAGAUGUAUCCAAAGCAAAAAAGCCCCGUCGUCGAUCGAGCCCAUCCUCGGAAUCAGAGGUAAAAAAGGACUGCAAAACAGAAAGUGAUGACAGUGAGGAGGAAGAGAAAGUGAAAUCUGAAUCUGAGGAUGAAAAGAAAGAGGUAAAGAAAUCCCAGCGCACCACGAACGGGAAGAGUAAACCGCAGAUAAGCAGUGAGGAAUCAUCUGAUGAAGAAAUGAAUGAGUCAGAAAACAAAGGCAAAGAGAGUAGCUGUGAGGACAGUCCAAAAGAAAAGGCGAUAAAGAAAAUGGAUGCGACAAAGAAUGGAGAGCCGGGAAGCAGCGAUGCAAGCAAAGGAAAGAAAACACCUCAGAGUGAUGAGGAGGAUAAACCUGACACAGAGAGCGAGUCAGAAGAAAGUGAACAAAGGAAAGACAAAGACCCCUCAGAUGACAGUGGAAAAGAAGAAAAAGUCUUGGUGGAAAAGAAAAACAACGACUCUGACUCGUCACUCACCUCAUUGGACGAGGAACAGAAUAAUGGAAAAGAAAAUACAACAGCUGGUAAAAAGAAGAAAGCCACGAAAAAAGUGGAGAAAAAAGAGAAGAGCGCCAGCGGUCAAAAGAUGGACGAUACAUCCAUUGUGAGGCUCAAGCGCUACAUUACACUCUGUGGCAUGAGGCUGAAUUACAAGCAGGUGCUCCAGGACUGUCACUCGGUCAACACCCAGGUGGCUGUCCUGAAGAAGCAGCUGAAAGAUCUUGGUGUUGAUGGUCAGCCAUCUAUUAAGAAAUGCAGAAAAAUCAAAAGGAAAAGAGAGGAAACUCAGGAACUAGCUGAUCUCGAUGUCAGCAACAUCAUUGCCACAGAAGGUCGACCUAAGCGCAGAGGAACCUCUGCAUGGAAGGAACGGCAGGACUCUCCAUCCUCCACAUAUCUGCGCACUGUGAACUCCGGCUCUGAUAGUGAUGAAGAAAACAAACCAAACAGAGGGCGAAAGAGACUCUGGGCCAACCUGCAGGGGAUCAUCAGUGACGAUGCAGACAGCAACUGACUGGGACACUAGUGUUCUUAGAUAUGGAUAUUUAUCUUUUGUUAUGUUUUUUUUAAAAGUUGGUUCUACGCAUAUUUUUGAUACUAUUACAAAUGUAUUUCUGAAACCUUUUGCAAAAAGAUAGUUUGUUCAAAUCAACACAUAACGUUACAUGUCUUGUUGUUAUACUAUGUUAAAUGUAAUUCUAUGCUAUAUUUCUAAUAAAGUUGUUGUGCUUUGAUCAAAUAAUUAUUUAAAUUUUAA